AUGAAAUUAGAUAUAGCAAAAACAUUCAGUCACCAUUCGGAUCGUGUCAAGGGUAUCGAUUUCCAUCCAACAGAACCAUGGAUCUUGACAACAUUGUACAAUGGGAAAGUUGAAAUCUGGUCAUACGCCACAAAUGUAUUGGUUAAGUCUAUACAAGUUACUGAGUUACCUGUGCGUACUGGUAAGUUUAUUGCCAGAAAGAAUUGGAUUGUGGUUGGAGCUGAUGAUUUCCAAAUUCGUGUUUACAAUUACAAUACUGGUGAAAAAGUUACCCAGUUUGAGGCUCACCCUGAUUAUAUUAGAUCCAUUGCUGUUCAUCCUACAAAACCAUACAUUUUGAGUUCAAGUGAUGAUUUGACCAUCAAGUUGUGGAAUUGGGAUAAUAAUUGGAAAUUGGAACAAGUUUUUGAGGGCCACCAACAUUAUGUCAUGAGUGUUAACUUCAAUCCCAAGGAUCCAAAUACUUUUGCUUCUGCUUGUUUGGACAGAACUGUCAAAAUCUGGUCAUUGGGAAGUUCACAUCCAAAUUUCACCUUGAUUGCUCAUGAUACCAAGGGAGUCAAUUUCGUUGAUUAUUACCCACAAGCUGAUAAGCCUUAUUUGAUUACUGCCAGUGAUGACAAGACUAUUAAAGUAUGGGAUUAUCAAACCAAAUCAUGUGUUGCCACCUUGGAAGGGCAUUUGUCGAAUGUAUCGUUUGCAAUUUUCCAUCCAGAAUUGCCAGUCAUUGUAUCAGGAUCAGAAGAUGGCACUGUUAGAUUUUGGAACUCAAACACCUUCAAAUUGGAAAAAUCGAUAAACUACAGCCUUGAAAGAGCAUGGUGUGUUGGUGUACUACCAAAAUCCAAUGUCAUUGCCGUGGGGUUCGAUUCAGGAUUUGUCAUUGUUAAAUUGGGCAGUGAAGAGCCAUUAUUUUCGUUGGACUCAAACAAUAAGCUAAUAUAUGCCAAAAAUUCAGAAGUUUUCCAAUCAGUUAUUAAACCAAAUGCCACACAAGGAUUAAAGGAUGGAGAGUCCUUGCAUUUGCAGCAAAGAGACUUGGGAACUAUUGAAGUUUUUCCACAAUCUUUGGACCACUCUUCUAAUGGUAGAUACGCUGCAGUUUGUGGUGAUGGUGAAUAUAUCGUGUACAGUGCAUUGGGAUGGAGAUCGAAAGCUUAUGGCAGUGCACUUGAUUUUGUUUGGAACUCUCAUGACACGUCUGCUGCAUGCCCCUUUGCCAUUAGAGAAUCCACUGUUAGUGUCAAAGUUUAUAAAAAUUUCCAAGAAUCGCUAAUUAUUGACUUGUUGUACCAAGCUGACAAGAUUUUUGCCGGAUAUUUGUUGGGUGUAAAGUCCGAAGGAUGUAUUUCAUUCUAUGAUUGGGAACAAGGGAAAUUGGUGAGAAGGGUUGAUAUUGAUGAUGAUAUCACUGAUGUUGUAUGGUCUGACAAUGGUCAGUUGUUGGCAAUAGUUACCAGUUCAAGCACAGGUGAAAAAUCAACCGCUGUCACUGGUGCAAAAACUAGUGACGAAACAUACUUUUUGAGUUAUGAUCAAGAAGUAUUUGAACAAGCUGUUGCCAACGGUGAAUUGGAUGCAGAAGAAGGAGCGGAAACUGCAUUUGACGUGUUGUACACGUUACCCACCUCAGAACCUAUCUUGUCAGGAAAGUUUAUUGGUGAUGUUUUUGUGUACACUACAGCAACUACCAACAGAUUGAACUACUUUGUUGGUGGAGAAGUUAUCAACUUGGGUCAUUUUGAUCGCAAGUUUUACAUACUUGGUUACAAAGCUCAAGAUGGUAAACUUUAUCUCAUUGAUAAAUCAUUUGACGUUAUAUCGUGGUACAUCAAUGCUGAAGUUUUGGAGUUACAAACGUUGGUAAUGAGGGGCGAUUUGGAACAAUUUGCAACUCAAAAUGUGUUGGAUGAAGAGACGGGUGAGGAAGCUCCUGAUUUGGCUACAGUUACAAUUGAUAAUCUUUCCGAAGAAUACAAUGCACUCAUUUCCAACUACUCCAAAACCGAGCUUAACCAACUUUCACGAUUUUUUGAGAAAUUGGGAUACUUGUCAUUGUCUUAUGCAUUGUCACAAGAUUUCGAUUCUAAAUUUCAAAUUGCUUUAACCACAGAAAACUUGCAACAGGCUUACGAAUUAUUAUCAAAACAACAACAACAAAGCCCAUCUCUUGCAUUGGCCAAUGUACAGAAGUGGAAGAAGCUUGGUGAUUUGGCAUUGAACAAAUGGAACUUAAAAAUGGCUCAGGAAUCGUUUUGGCUAGCCAAUGACUAUUCUUCAUUGUUGUUACUUUUAUCUUCAACAAACAACAAGGCACAAUUGAUCAAAUUAGCUGAAAAAUGUGAGGAGAAGGGAAGGUACAACAUAUCGUGGCAAGCAUGGUGGCUUGUGGGUGAUGUCAAUAAGUGUUUAGAUUUACUAAUCAAGAGUGGCAGAUACCCAGAAGCGAUUUUGUUUGGAAGAAAUUAUGGCGUUGAUCAUGAGAGGUUAUCAAAUUAUAUUAAAGAAUUCAAGGAUGUUUUGAAACUGAAAAAGAAGGAUAAAAUUAGUGAACGUUUGAUUGAUGAUUUUGAGGACCUAAGUAUCAACAACGGAGUGGCUUCUGAUGGUGAUGUUGCUGCAACCGCUGCUACGGCUGCUCCGUUGAUCAACUUAGAAGAAGAAUCACAAGAGAAACAAGAAGAUGAUGUAGGAGAAAGGGAAACUGAAGCUAAGGAAGUUCACGAGGUUGAAUUGGAAAAGGAGAAUGAUGAUGCUAACGGUGGUGUUGAAGUGACCGAAACAAAAGAUUGA